AUGUGGCUCCCCAACAGCACCCAUUUCUACACUCCCAUGUUUGUCCUGCUGGGUGUCCCAGGGCUGGAGGAGGUACAUGGAUGGCUCUCCAUCCCUUUCUGUGCUGGGUUCCUCGUUGCUCUUCUGGGGAACGUCACCAUCCUCUUCGUUGUGAAGACGGAAGCCAGCCUCCACCAGCCCAUGUUCUACUUCCUCUGCCUGCUCUCCUUCAUAGACCUGGGUCUCUCCAUGACCACCCUGCCCAAGAUGCUGGCCAUUUUCUGGUUUGGCCUGGGGGAGACCACUUUUGAUUCCUGCCUGGCCCAGAUGUUCUUCAUCCACACUUUCACAGGGAUGGAGUCUGCGGUAUUGCUGGCCAUGGCCUUCGACAGGUACGUGGCCAUCUGUGACCCUCUGAGGUAUUCCACUAUCCUGACACAAGACCAAAUAAUCUGGAUAUCCCUGGGCAUAAUCCUAAAGCCUGCCAUUCUUAUGUUGCCAAUUUUGGUUAUGACAAAACGCCUGCCUUUCUGCAGAGCCCACAUCAACAUGGCCCACACCUAUUGUGAGCACAUGGGCAUUGCCAAGCUGGCCUGCGCAGACAUCCGGAUCAAUGCUAUCUAUGGCCUUUUCGUUGCUUCCUUUCUUGUAUUGGACUUGAUCCUGAUUGCCAUUUCCUACAUGAAGAUCCUGCAGGCUGUUUUUCGGCUCUCCUCCAAAGAGGCCCAGCUCAAGUCCUUGGGCACCUGUGGCUCCCACGUUGCUGUAAUUUUUGUCUUCUACACCCCGGCCUUCUUCUCCUUCCUCACCCACCGCUUUGGACACAACAUUCCCCACUUUGCCCACAUCCUCGUUGCCAACCUCUAUGUCAUUCUGCCCCCGAUGCUCAACCCAGUCAUUUACGGAGUGAGGACCGGGGAGAUCCGGGUACGAGUGCUCCGAAUGCUCCAUCUCAAGGGCUUCACGUUGGCAGGCUCCCGUGAAAUGACUUCUGGAUCGUGUGAAAGAGUCGCCGCCUUCAGCCCACUCCUCAAGCCUGUCUCUUGCACACCACCUCUGCAGGCAGAAGAUGACAGAGGAGGUCUUUCCGCAUCAGAUGACCCGUCUUUCAAAGAGACAUGCAAAACAGUCAUAAUGGCAGGGUGGGAGCUACCGGCCCUGCAACGCCUGCGAGCAUCUGAAGAGCCUAUGCCCAGCUACGUACCAUCCGCCUUCCCGGAAAAACCCAGGCGAGACCCCCCCUUCCCUCCCGCCAGGCGCUUCGGCCUGCCGCGGGGCCCGCCUGCGAGGAGCGCAGGGAAGGAAGAGCUGGAGAGGGCGGCCAAGGAGGCAUUUCCCACCUACGGGGCCGUCCUGUUCCGCGAGCAGCCGGCCGCUGGCACGAACUGUUUUGUCGAG